AUGGCCUCUGAAGAGGGCGCAAACAAUAAUCAGCGGUUACUAGCUGCAGCACGCGAGGACAACGAAGAGAUGCUGUUGGAGGUCUUCGACCAGGGUGGAUUCGACAUUAACUUCCAAGACGGACUUGGAAACACAGCUUUGCAUUACGCCGCCUCUCUAGGGUCCACCGACGUUUUAGAGCAUAUCCUCGAAUGCGACGGGUGUGAUGUCGAUCCUAUCAACCGACUGGAGAAGGCUACACCACUCCAUCUUGCCGUUCGAAUUGAGAAUCCAGACCUACGAAGACGUGUAGUCACCAGCUUGUUAGAGGCCGGUGCUGACACAAGAAUCAAGGACAAGAAUGGUGACACCGUAUUAGACGUGCUCCCCGCUGAUGCUGAAGAAAUUCGAAAACUCAUCCACAAGGAGCGUGCGCAAGGGGCAAUCUCGCUGGAUGAUGUGGCGAAUGAUGAUGACGAUGAAGGCUCUGGUUCAGCCUCAGACGACGAUUAG